UUUCCCUUCCCUUCCCUUCCCCCAGAGUAGCCGCCGCAGGAACAGGCAAGCAAGCAGGCAGGCAGGAUCCUCCCGCGGUGCGUUUGCUGGGUGGUUGUCUCUCCGGCCCAGGCGCGCUGCAGCUGCCCAGAGGAGAGUCCGCCGGUGUCCUUGGGGGGCCGAGCAGCCAUGAGCGGCGGGGAGGUGGUCUGCUCGGGCUGGCUCCGAAAGUCGCCGCCGGAGAAGAAGUUGAAACGCUACGCAUGGAAGAGGAGAUGGUUUGUACUCCGCAGUGGUCGACUAACAGGGGACCCAGAUGUCCUGGAAUACUACAAAAAUGACCAUGCCAAGAAACCAAUUCGUAUCAUUGACUUGAACUUGUGCCAACAAGUGGAUGCUGGGUUGACAUUUAACAAAAAAGAAUUCGAAAACAGCUAUAUUUUUGACAUUAACACCAUAGACAGAGUCUUCUACUUAGUCGCUGACAGUGAAGAGGAGAUGAAUAAGUGGGUUCGAUGUAUUUGUGACAUCUGUGGAUUCAAUCCUACUGAAGAAGAUGCUGUGAAGCCACCUGGCAGUUCUCUGCAGGUACCUGUUGAAUUACCCUCAGCUGUCAACACUUCUCUACCAUCCACACAACCUGAAGCGUCCUUGCCACCUCCCUAUCAACUCAUCAACAUCCCACCGUUAGAGUCUGCCUCAAGUCAAGAAGAUCCACAAGACUACCUGUUACUAGUCAACUGUCAGAGCAAGAAGCCUGAACCAGCAAGGUUGCAGGCUGAUGGACUGAAGGCGGCCUCUUCUGAAACAGAUUGCAAUGAUAAUGUGCCUUCCCACAAAACAUCUAUACAAUCACUGAAUAAGCAUGCGGUCAAUGGAUUUUUUCAGCAACAAAGUGUGUACGACUCUCCCCCACCAAGGGCUGCCUCAGUAUCAGUAGAUGGCAGCCUCUAUAAUUUGCCACGGAGUUAUUCACAAGAUGUUCUACCUAAGGCAUCUCCUUCUGGGACAGACACAGAUGGAGAGCAACAUGUUUUCAGUGCCUCAUCUACCGCCUCUUCUCUUGAUGCACAACUGAGGCAUCUCUCCAUUAGUUAUGACAUUCCUCCUACACCUGGAAGUACUUACCAGAUUCCACGAACUUUUCCAGAAGGCUCAUUGGCGCAUAGUUCAAAACUAGAAAAAAAUCCAGAUAUUCCUCCACCUCGGCCACCGAAACCUCAUUACCCAUCAGACCGCUCACCCGUGGACGUUUGUAACAUCUCGCGCACUUCCUCAGACACAGAUAAUAGCUACUGCAUCCCUACAGGGGGCAUGCCUCCUUCACGCAGCAACACUAUUUCCACCACGGAUUUGAAUAUAUUCCGCAAAGAUAAUAGUUCUCAAGAUUGCUAUUAUAUUCCACGAACAUUUCCGAAUGACCGAUCAAGCUCACUGGAAGGCUUUCAUAACCACUUUAAAAACAAAAACCUGACUUUGGGAAGCGUUUCAAAUGAAGAACUGGAUGAAAACUAUGUCCCCAUGAACCCAAACUCUCCUCCACGGCAGCAUUCUAGUAGUUUUACUGAACCAAUCCAAGAAAUGACGAACUAUGUGCCAAUGACUCCUGGCACCUUUGACUUUUCACUGUUUGGAAUGCAAGUCCCUCCACCAGCACACAUGGGCUUUCGGUCCAGCCCAAAGACCCCUCCCCGAAGGCCAGUUCCUGUUGCAGAAUGUGAACCGCCACCUGUGGAUAGGAACCUUAAACCAGACAGGAAAGGUCAGAGCCCUAAAAUUUUAAGACCUAAGCCACAUGGCUUAGAGCGAACAGAUUCACAAACCAUAGGUGAAUUUACUACAAGAAGAAAGGUUAAACCAGCACCACUAGAAAUAAAACCUCUUUCUGAAUGGGAAGAAUUGCCAGCUCCCGUUAAAUCUCCCAUCACCCGAAGUUUUACACGAGAUUCCUCCAGGUUUCCUUUGUGUCCUCGACCAGAUUCAGUUCACAGCACAACUUCUAGUAGCGACUCACAUGACAGUGAAGAGAAUGAGAACUAUGUUGCCAUGAACCCGAAUCGGUCCAGUGAUGAUCCAGGUUUGUUUGGCAGUAGCAGUCUCGAUGGAGGAAGCAGCCCUAUGGUAAAACCGAAGGGUGACAAACAAGUGGAGUAUUUAGAUCUGGAUUUAGAUUCUGGAAAAUCUACCCCACCUCGCAAGAAAAAGAGCAGUGGUUCAGGCAACAAUGUGGCCGAUGAAAGAGUUGAUUACGUGGUGGUUGACCAACAGAAAACCUUAGCACUGAAGAGUACGCGGGAAGCUUGGACUGAUGGCAGGCAAUCCACAGAAUCUGAAACACCAACAAAAAGUGUGAAAUGAAAUGAAAAAAAUCCUCUCAUCAUCCCAUUUAAAUGUUUAUAAAAGCAGCUGCAGUUAAGUGACAGAAGAAUACUGGACAUUUCUUCAGUGAUUUUUUCCCUUGAAAUAUAUAAUAAUCAAAAUGGCAACAGUGUGAGAUAAAACAGUAGCCUGUGGCAUCUGGGUUAAUUGAUACAAUGUAAAAUAAUGUGUAAAAUAGUAUUGCUUAGGUCUCAGAAAACAUUUUGGCCUGAAGUUAACAUGUUUGUAGUAUUACAGUGUUUUAUGCACUUUUCCCUUUUGGUUCAGCUUUCCUUAGCUAAUGUACAUUUAACACUCCCCUACUCCCACACUGCUCGGUAACAUUCUAGGAAGUAAGCUACUUGUAUGAUAUUAAAACUAAGGUCUGAAGUGCAUUUUAAUAGCUCAAAAUGAAUUAGCAAGAAAUAGUUUCACAAUUUUAAUCUACUUGAAUUGUUAAGAAAUGAUUUGUUAAAUACCUAUGUUUUAUAUUUAAUACAUGAAAAGAAUAUUUGGAAGUCUACAGGUUACCUUCCUAACAUAAAUGGCUGUGACUUAGUAAUUAUAGACUAUUGGUUUUAGGAUCUAUCUGUCUUUUAUGUGAUAGCACACUAAUAGAGAAGCUUCUGUUGUAUUUUCAGUGGUGAUAGUGUCCAUUGUUCAGUGAGCAAAGAUUCUGCAGGAAGGGAUCUUAGCACUGAAGAAUUAAACACCGCAUAAUCCUGUUCACCACUUAAUUUGUGCAGUAAUGAGUGAUCAGAACACUUUAUUUGCAACCAAUAACUUUUACAGAAGGUAGAAUCUCUAACAUCAGGUACGUAUCCUAGCACUGUGGUGCUAACACACUUAUCAGGUUCAAACAAUACGUUUUGGUUUUCUACUGCUACCAAGCCUUAGUAUUGGUUUUUAGUAUGAAAAUUAAUGAGACAGUUUGACAUUCACUGUUUGUAGUACUAGAAGAUACUGUGAUAUUUUUGUUUUCAAAUUAGAUUGCAAUUCAGGUGGAAAUGACACCGUAGUGCUUUUAAAAUGAUCCUUAUUAUGCCUAAUUUUCUGCUUGGCCUUAUGUUUAAAUUCCUAUGCAACUGGUGUCUUUUAACAUUUUUUAAAAAGAGUUGCUAUGUCUUUUUAAAAAACAAGCCUUUCCCCAGGUACAGAAUCCAUAUCGAAUAUUUCUAUUUCAUGAUUCAUUGUCCCUCCCCAAACAAUAAUGCUUCCAAAAUUAGAAGAUGAAUUCAAGUGUGAGGGGAAAGUAGUUCUCUGUAAAGGAUACCUUAAUACAAUCAAUAAUCAUGUUACUGUGGAAGGAUCUACUAAUUCAUUCCUACAUGGUUAAAUUCAAGUAAAUGGGCUAUUUGUCAUACCUCUGAAAUAGCGAAUGAAAUUAGAGAUGCUGGCCUUAAUAUAGUGCCUAAUUUACCAUUUUACCACCCACUCCCUAUUCAACUCUAUGUAAAUUGUUUUUAUUCCUAACAAGGUUUCUUUUUAAAUUAGAAGUAUUUUGAUGUCUUGAAUGUUUUUUUAACUAAACACAUUGUGUUUUGAGAUGAAUUUUGAAUAAAUUCAAAUUGUUCUGUU